AUGGCCGCCCGAGAAGACGUGGAAGGCCAAGACAACAGCGAAGAUCUCUUGCUUAUGGUGCAAACACUCCACGAACGCGGACUGACGUGCUCGACGGUCGCUAUGGACGGUGCGGCGGCCAAUGGGCAUCUCGACGUCAUCGCCUUCCUCCAUGCGCAUCAAAACGAGGGCUGUACCGUCAACGCCAUGGAUGAAGCUGCUACCAACAGUCAUUUGGAGAUCGUCCAGUUUCUCCAUUUCAACCGACCCGAAGGCUGCACGGUCGGCGCGCUCGAUGGCGCCAUUUGCUCAGGCCAUCUCGACAUCGUCCGCUUUCUCAUCGAACAUCGCACCGAAGGCGCGUCGCCCACCAUCCUCGACGACGCUGUCGUCGGUGGUCACCUUGAUAUCGUGGAGUGCCUCCAUCAUCUCGGCACCUUUGGCUGUACCGUCGCCGCCAUCGACGACGCAGCGUCACAUGGCCACCUUGAUGUCGUGAAAUUCCUCUUGACGAACCGAACCGAAGGCUGCACCCACGACAACGUCGUUGGAAAGGCGCUCGAGUACGGACACUUGCGCACGGCAGAGUACCUCCUCUCCAUCGGGUACCCGUUCCCGAUCUCGAUGACGCUCAAGACCAUUCAACCUACGCUUUUCAAGACGGUUGCCGUGUUUCGCAAGCCCGAGAUGGUAGACGUUGUACGUCUUUACGUGGCUCACGGCCUACCCUGGGGCGCCAACUGCAUGCACGAGGCCUCGGUCGCCAACAACCUGCCGUUGGUCAAGUUUCUGCACGAGAACUCGGACGGUCAAUGGGACCCCGCCGCGAUCGACGGCGCCGUCAAGAAAAAGGCGUGGGACGUUGUGUUCUACCUCAUGGCCCACUGCCCCAUGGACAUCUCGAUCGACGCGCUCCGCUCGGUGCUUGCAAGCGGCCAUCUCAAUGCCGCGAUGCACAUUCUGCAGCGCCGGCCCGAGCUCCGCGACGAUACGCUGCUGGAAGCUGCCUCGACCAGCCACAACACAGAGGCGACCCGACUUCUCCUCGCCGCAGGCAUUGGUAAGCCACACGACUGUCUCCGCAAGAUUGCAGGUCGUCGACAGCAUAUGACUGAGAGCAACCUUCUGCUGCCGUACUGCAUGGACGCGACCAACCAUUUGGACAACGCCAUCUUUCUUCUCUUCCUCUUUCGGCAGCAGAACCGCCGCCGCGCGACGAUCGUUCGUUUGAUUAUACAAGAGCUCAUGUACCAAGUGCGGCAGGCCAGCAAAGCCAUCCAGCUCGCACCCGACGUGGCGGCGCGUGCGGCAACUCUGCUCCAGGCGGGCAAGGUUGUCAGCUGGGCUGCGGCCCUCGUUCUCCGGGUCUUCUCUGUGCGACAAACGCGAAGGCCGCCACCAUCAACGACGUUGAUCAGUGACGUCAAGCACAAGUUGAAGCUCCCACGCCUGCUCCAAAGCAAACGCAAGCGCGCAUAACCUUAAACGAUGCAUGUUUCUCAA